AUGCACAAACGUCUCAUGCUCGCGACACAGAACAGUUUCGACAGUCUCGAUGAUGAUACCAAUAGCGACUUGCAAAUGACACACCAUCACAAUACUAUUCUUGAUGCUCUCGAUGAGCUAGAACUCAUGGAAGUUGACAAUGAUCCCAAUGCUGAUCAAACAGAUACCGACGAUGAUGAAUCACAAGAACUCGAAAUACUAGACUCUGCUACAGGCCCUGUUGUACCACCAAAGAUUCCUACCCCCCCUCCGACAGUGGAUAUCUCAUACAUGGUCUCUAUCCUCUCGGCUAGUGAAAUGAAGAAGGCCAAGAGCAAACGAGAGCCAGUCAACACAUCCAUUGACCUUUGCACUGAUGAACCAUGGGACACUCUCAAAGCACAGAUUCUUGUGAAGAUCUCGACAGCAAUCAAUCCCUGCAUGCUCCAUUUUGACGACUACUCACUUACCUAUCACAUCUCUUGGGUUCUACCUAAACCUGGCCUAUCUCUCUUGACUGAGGCUGACUACAAUGGUAUGAUGAAACGGGUCGACGGAAUGGCUGCGAAGGCUCCGACUGUCAACAUCAAUGUUAUCCAAACACAGCCGGCUAGCAACAACAAUGAAAACCAGGGCGAGGAUGAAUCAGAGCUUGCAAAAAAGAUUGUGAUACUGAUUUUGAGCAGUGCCAUCAGCCCAGUCUUACAGCGCCGACUCGAUGCACAGGCCAAGACAGUGACAGAACCCGCAUCUUCAACUCCUGUUGUCAAUGUCACAUUCAGCAAUGAGUUUGCAAGUCUUUUCAAGUCGAACCACACAGCUCUGAACACAACAACCUCAGGAAUUGGGCCAGCGCCAAUCUCCACAUCUUCGCUCAUUCCCCCAUUGCGCAAGCCUGGCAAUGACAUUUCCAUUGUGGCUUUCUGUGCCCUGUACCAGCUUGACGACAGCAUCGCUACAAAAUUUGCUUCUCAUUCAUUCAAGGAAGCGCGCUUACUCUGUUAUGUGACUUUUUCAGACCUCAAGGAGAUGGAGUUCAAGUUUGGUGAGAUAGCUGCAUUACACGAUGCUGUUGAGAGGUGGUCUAUUCCUACUAGUAUGGCAUGA